CGGGCCGCCGGCGUCAGCACCACCCCCGCCGCCCCCAGAGGAGGUGCAGGCAGCAGCAGCUGGUGCAGGCGAAGCUGCACUGCAGACGGCGGCGGCGGCGACGGCGGCGGCAAGUGGAAAAGCGGGAGGGAGCGCGGGAGCGGCGACAAUGGGCUCGACCGGCGCGUCAGGAACAGGGUCUGUGCCGGCGACGGGCAAGAAGAAGAAGGCGCCGCUGCUGAUGUCGCUGCUCUCGGGUGCGAAAAAGUACAAGCGGCCGGUAUCGACGGUAUCUCCGGCAGAGAGGGAGCGACUGGCGAGGGAGAAGGCGGCUGAGGAGCGGGAGCGGCAGCGGCUGAUGGCUUUUCGAGCUACCGCCGAUGCCAACGUGGACAAGAUCAAGGCGAGCUUUGCGGCGAAUCCGGCGAUGAACGAGGCGCUGGUGCCUCUUGCGUUGGACCGUCCGCUGCGAGCUGUCCUACACGAGGUGUGUGACACCAAGGGCCUCGGCGCGGUCUCGUAUGGCGACGAUCCGGCUGUCCGACACAUGGUCAUCUACCGCAAGGAGCUGACGCCGAAUGAGGACCACGUCGACCUCCUCCGUAACCUCCAUCCGUCUGAGUUCAACAUCCACAACACGCUCGGCUCGCUCCACCGCGAGCUUGCCUGCCGCGAGGCCCGCCGUAAGGAGCUGGAGGCUAACGCGUCGCGGGCGUCGGCCGAGGAGGCGGCCCGAGCCGCCGCCGCCGCCGCGCAGACCCAGGAGCUGGAGCUGUCCAAGCUUGUACCGCGCGAGCGUGACCGCCGCACCAUCGAAGAGAUCGAGCUUGACCUGAAAAAAGCCAAGCGGGCGCGCGAGGCUGCUGCCGACACGGACGAGCCGUCGGCCAAGCGGGCCAAGCCGCUGACGUCCGCGAGUUCAGGCGGAACGCCGCCGAGCUCCCAUGCCAUUGCGAAUCAGGAGCCGGUGUCGCCUAUGUAG